AAUAAAAGAUCGGCGACAAGAAGCGGACAGAGACGGUCCGACUGGCAACGGGAACGUAUCUUCGCUGUGCGUGUGUUGAAUAAAGCGAGGUGCGUCGCCCUCCCAAGGUGCACGUGCAUAUGUACGUACACGCUGUAGUGACUAUAUUAUAUACUCCAGUGCGUGGGUGCGCUGUGUUGCAGUCGCGUUACACUCGAUUUACCCUCCCGUAAGUGUCGCUGUCUUGAAGACAACAUGAGGUUAACCACGUAUACUGCUAUAGCGUUAUUCCUCGGUCUUGUUGCAUGUACAUAUUCGCAAGAAAACAUAUCUUCUACCGAUAUACUGCAACAAGUUGGCCAGGUGAUUGGCGACAACCCCGAACUGAAUAAUCUAAACACAUCAGCACUGCCAAGUGUCGAGGAGGCGAAGAAUCUCUUUAAGGAGAAAUGUACGAAGAACGGUGGACCAGGCGCAUUCGAAAAUGCCCAGCAAGCCCAGCUGAACAUGGUGCAAUGCUUUCAAUCGCUCAUCAACAUCACGGAACUCCAGGCAGAGAUGGAGAAGUACAAGCCGACCGGCGAUCUGGACAUAGUGUUUAAGAAUUAUUGCAACAAGCGCUCCAUUUUGCGUGCUUGUGUCAACAACUUCACCGACACGGUGGAACAUUGCCUGGACGAGAAGGAGAGGGAAAACAAGAAGAUCGUGCUGAACAUCACCGACUCGUUGUUAGAAUUUAUUUGCUACAAAGAGGGAGAUCGCAUCGCCCUUUUCAUAUCGGCCGAAGGACCGGAAUGUUUUCAAUCUAAACAGAAUGCGAUUCAAGAUUGUGCCAACAAUACAUAUGGUGGUUACAUACCAAAAACUGAUCCCUCUAAUAAUUUGAUCGGACUCGAAAGUUUGCCGUCACUGACUUUUGGUACCAGAGAAUGCAAUGAUAUGACCAGCCUUCAAACCUGCGUCGUAGCGGAAUUGGAAAAGUGCCCAGAUCCAACGCCCGCGAACAUAAUGGAUUCCAUAUUCAAUUUCGUUAAAAGGGUAACACCGUGCGAAAAUAUACUCAACGCGCAAAGCGCGGCCGCCACUGGUUCAAAGUCACCAUCCAGUGCCUCGCACUUGGCAGGCGCUCUUUCCACCUUAGCAAUCAUUCUGUUCAUUGUAGCAAGUGGAAAAAGAGCUGAAUUUACAUCCGACGAGGACUCGGUCAACAAUGAUGCGUGUAGCGAGAUCAGCGGCCAAUCCGACAAUCGUAGCAUAUUGGAGGAUGCGAACGACAACGAGGUGGACGAGCUCGCGCAGCAAGAGGCAUUCGAGGAGAAGCUGAAGGAAGCAAUCGAUGGACUGACGCAAAAGAGCGCCAAGGGAAGGAUCAUAUGCUGCAAUGGUAUAGAGAAGAUCUUCGCCAUCAAGUACAUCCCAGAUUUCGUCGAGGAUAGAAAGAUGACCAUCACGGAUGCCGUGGAGCGCAGCUUGAAAAAGGGACGGGGCGACGAGCAGUCGACCGCAGCCAGACUAAGCACCCUGUUGUGUGUCCAGCUAGGAGCGUUUGAGAGCGCCGAGGCGGUCUGCAGGGAUCUGAAAUCGACCCUCACCUUCAUUGCCAAUGACAAUACGGCUUCUGUUCAGGCUCGCGCCGAGUGUUGCUGGGCGUUAGCCAUGAAUCAGUUCUUGUCCGGCAAUGAUGCGGCUGAUACCGUGGAAAUCGUACAGUUACUGUCGUCCAUCUUCUCCGGUUCCUAUUUGAAAGGAAAUGGCGCGAUCGCAAACAUAUCCACGGACUUGGCGGCGUUACACGCGGCAGCUAUCUCAUCCUGGACUCUGCUUCUGACGGUCAUGACCUCCGCGGAUAUCUACAAUUUGCUCGCGAGUGACAGAACCAACAGUUACAUGCCUUCUCUCAAUCGAUUGCGCGAAUUGCUGAAAUCGCCGCAUCUCGACGUACGCUUGUCGGCCGGCGAGGCAAUGGCCGUAAUAUUCGAACUUGGCCGUGAUUUCUCCGCCGAUUACGAACAGGAUUGGGCGCUUGACCUCGUUGAAAUUCUCAAGGAACUCGCCACGGAUUCCAACAAGUAUCGGGCUAAGAAAGAUCGCAAGCAGCAGCGCGCUAAUUUUAGAGAUAUUCUGCAUUAUAUCGAAGAAGACAUUGUUCCUGAGAUGCAUGUGAAAUUCGGCAAAGAGAUCUUGUAUUUAGAGGGAUGGUGUGCGAGGACCCAGUACAAUGCCUGCUGCCGGCUAUUAGGUCCCGGUAUCAAUAUCCAUCUUGCUGAAAAUCAACUCCUGCGCGAGAUUUUCCAUCUUGGCAACAAAGUUCUACCUCCAUUAGUAACAGUGAAAACGAGUAAAUUAGAAAGAACAUUGAUGAACGCGGCUGCGUUCAAGGCACGCACCAUUCAGCGCAACAAGAACCGCGAUAAACGAUCCGCAGCCAUAGCACCGUAAUUACACUUCUGCUCCUAUGCUGGCUGUCUGAUGUUACUUUAGUAUAAUGCAAGUAUAUUUGAAUUUUUUUUUCGUUAAUUUAUUGUAACUACAUUUAAUAGCGCAAAUUAUCAUUUCUUCAAUAUCGAAAUGUACAGAUAUAUUCCAUGCAUGUCUUCUCCCCUCGCUAAAAAUUCUGUAUGUGAUUCUAUUUCUCGCUGCUUUUUAGCAGCUUUACCUUUAUUUAAUGAUAUUUAAUAAAGUCUACGUGUGUAUAUAUACAAGUCUAAAUAUGUAUAUAUACAAUGAUAGUGCUGUUAAUAUAUAUAUAUAUAAAUCUCAUUUUAUAUAAAUUAUUUCGGUAAAUGUAUUGACUCCGAUAUUGAUCAUUGUUAUAUGUUUUAAACGGUUAUUACCGUCCUGUUGUUUUUUGGAUAUAUAUUGUAAACGUUAAUAAUCAAACUAUACACAAUGUUUUAAUUGCUACGUAUGGAAUUUUUGUUUCAUGUUUAAAAACCGAUUUUUUUUUUCAUUAUAACACAUACAAACACAUGUUGUUUAUGAGAUUUUUCCAUAUAAACAGUAACAUCUACAUAUACAAUUAAAAGCCGGAUGAAAUAUUUACUAUCACUGUACAUAAUUACAUGUAAGUUGUAACGAUACACAUUCAAAUAAAUUAAAACGUAGAUCAUAA